AUGUCACCUUCUCAUUCUCUUUCUUUCUAUUUAUUUAUUUGCCUUUCUCUUCCUUAUUCUUCCACUCCAUUCCAACCUAAUAUUCUACUCUUCCUUCUCCCAACUCUUCUCCCCAAUCGAAUAGUAUUGUGGUGCGGCCUCCCAUGGCGUCCGCUGACGCCGUUUCGCCGUCGUCAGCCCGCCGCAGCCUCAGGCACCUCCUCUUUAAUCCCCCCUCCCCCUCCUCCCCCAGGCCCCACCGCGCCGCCGACUGGAACCCACUGAUCGCACCUCCUCCCCCUCAACCGCCGCGCAAGAAGAAGGGGCUCGCAGCGGCGGCGUUCCGCGGGCUCGGGUGCGCGUCCGCUUCCGCGUCGCAGGCGUACGCGCCCGCCGCUGCCGCCGCGGUGAGGUCGUCGGCGGAUUGGCAGGGCAAGCGGCCGCGGCGGAGGAGGGAGAAGAAGAAGGCCGAGAGGAAGAACCAGGCCAUCGGGGACGUCUGGUGCGCCCCCGGGAUGCCGUUCGCCGCCGAGGCGUCGGUGGACUGCGUCGUGGCGCACCAGCCAAUGGUCUCGAGAGGAAGGCCGGAUGCUGCCGAGCGGAUCCACAGGGAGCGACCUUACUUCCCUAGAAGGGUUGGCCACAGAGAAGAGAUCUCAACCUUCAUGGAUUCUCCCCCAGUUCUCGAUACGCCAUUUUUUGGACCUGAUCUCUUUCCAUCAGGACACCUUCGCCACUUGCGAGGAUUUCACCGUGCUCCUGGUGGGCUUGAGGAGCUCAUGAUGUUCCAGACAAGAAUUUUGUUGGGUGGAGGACUGGAUGUAUACGACCGAUUCCGUGAAUGGCGACUUGAUGUUGAUAAUAUGUCAUAUGAGGAACUGCUUGAGCUGGGUGACAAAAUUGGGUCCGUGAGCACUGGACUGAGAGAGGAAGAGAUUGCACGCAGUCUCAGGAAAAUAAAGCAUUCAGUUUUUGAUGCCUCAGCAAGGCAUCUCGCGACCGAAAUCGAACGGAAAUGUAGUAUCUGCCAAGAAGAAUAUGAAGCCAACGAUGAAACCGGAAGGCUGGAGUGCGGCCACGGCUACCAUAUGUACUGCAUAAAGCAGUGGCUCUUGCUAAAGAAUGCCUGCCCUGUUUGCAAGGCACCUGUUCUCAAGACUUAGUAGUGUCUUCACUGUCCUCUCUCUUUCUUGUAUAGCUCUCAGUCUUACGAUGAACAAUACAUUCAUUCAUUUUGGUUGUUGGUUAUAUCUUUCACUAGAAUUGUGGCAUCUCCAUGGCCUUAUAUGAUCAUGAUUCAUAUGAACUUCAUAUGCAUCCCAGCUUCAGUUGGUGCUAAGUAAUGAUUCAAAUUCAGUUUA